GGAGACAGAGGAAAUCUGAACUUUCUUCCUUCCUAGCUGCCCUCCACCCACUCCCACCAUGAAGAAGGAAAUAUUAACCCUGGCCUUCGCUCGAUCCGUCUUUGUCGAGUUUAUCUCCACGCUCAUCUUUGUCUUCAUCGGCCUUGGCUCAGCCCUGAAGUGGCCGUCUGCCCUCCCCAGCAUCCUCCAGAUCGCGCUGGCGUUCGGCCUGGCCAUCGGCACGUUGGUGCAGGCGUUUGGGCACAUCAGCGGCGCCCACAUCAACCCGGCGGUGACCAUCGCCUUCUUUGUCGGGAACCAGAUCUCCUUCCUCCGGACGACCCGCGGCAACCUGGCCAUCAACGCGCUCAACAACAACACGACCGCAGGCCAGGCGCUCGUGGUGGAGAUCAUCCUCACCUUCCAGCUGGCCGCGUGCAUCUUUGCGUCCACGGACAACCGGAGGAACGGCAAUGUGGGCUCCCCAGCACUCUCCAUCGGCCUCUCUGUCGCUGUUGGCCACUUGGUGGGGAUCUACUUCACUGGCUGCUCCAUGAAUCCAGCCCGGUCCUUCGGGCCUGCGGUCAUCGUGAGGAGGUUCAGCCCCGCGCACUGGGUGUUCUGGGUUGGACCCAUCCUCGGCGCUUGCCUGGCGGCUCUGCUCUACUUCUACGUCCUCGUCCCUUACUGCAUGAACAUGUCAGACAGGGUUGCCAUCAUUAAGGGCACCUACGAGUCAGAAGAAGAGUGGGAAGAGCAGAGAGAGGAGAGGAAGAAGUCCAUGGAGUUGACCCCACCCUAG